AUGAUGGCCAAGUUGGACGCCUCCUCACAAAAUGUUCAAUUGCAAUAUGAAAAUUGCAAUAGAUAUGAAUCUCAAGAAAAUAAAAAAAAAACUACAUCAGCUGUUCAUAGUGAGAUUAUUCAGAGCCAUCACGGGAAACCCCAAACAUUUUCUUCCCAAAGAUCAUGUCUUGAUAUGAAAAUUUCCAAGUUUCUAAACAACAGACCCAGUGUUUAUGGACAAGUAUAUGAGUCAUUGGCUGUUUCAAAUGUCGUGGAGCUAUUUAAGCUUGUUUUUUUAAGCACCGCUACCAGUCCACUGGCACCAAAUUUAUUAGCAGACAUUCUUCGGCGUUAUUCAGAGCAUGAUCUACUUGCUGCUUUUAACUAUCUUAGAGAGAAAAAAAUAAUGGUUGGAGGAAACAACAGUCGAUUUGAACUAUCACAUCGGUUUUUGCACAGUGUUUCCCAGUCAUCAUUUCCUUUUGAAACUGGAAAGAAAGCUGUUAAAUUUUCUGCGUGGCUGAAGGAAAGGGACAAAGACCUCAACGUAAUGGGGACUGAUCUUGCUGAAAAUCUUCAAUACGGGGACACUUUUCAUUUGUUUGCUUUGAUCUCAUCAGGAGAACUUUCAAUUUCACCAAGCUUACCAACUAAGGGUGUUGGAGAAGCUGAUGAUUUGAGAAGUGGCAAGCGUAAACCUGAUGCUAAGGGUGAAAUUAUUUCUCGCCGGGAAAAAGGUUUUCCUGGUAUAAUAGUUUCUGUUCACCGCACAACAGUCUCAAGAGCUGAUAUUUUAGAUUUGUUCAAGGAAAAUGAUAACAAUAACAAUGACCAACAUUGUGAGGGGAAUUUUCAAGUUAACUCGGCCCAAAGCAGUAACUGUUCACUUACUGAUCAUAUGCUGGAAACUGUUAACUCAUGUGACCAAGUACCUGAGAAUAAAAAUCACAUUGAAUCACCCUGGGAAGCUAUGACAGAGUAUGUACGCCAUUUGAUGACGGUACCUUCCAAUCAAGAACAAAAAUGUGUUGUGUGUGCUGAGGUCUUCAUGGUUGUUUAUGAUACCAUCAAGAAGGCUGAUGACUUGAAAGUUUCUGAAGCUAAGAAAGCUACUGCCUGGUGUACCUGCCAAGGUUGA